AAUAUAGUUGAAAACACGAUUUGCGUAUAUCUAUCACGCUAGGCAUUAUGUUUAAGAAUUCUAAAGUUAAAUUUUGUGUUCGAGUUUCGUAUUUUAAGUAUAUUUGCAACAUGAGAAUACAUGGAUUUGCUCGUUAUCGAGAUUCAAGAAUGGCGAUUUUUUUCAUCAUUUUCAUGGCGACAGUAAUUUGUUCAUCAGCUCAGCCUGGCAGCAAGACGGGGUUCUGCCCGCUCAAGAGCACGGUGCAGAGCUGCAGCCCCACGUGCACCAGCGACUACCAGUGCCUCGGCGACACCAAGUGCUGCCCCAACGUGUGCGGCGUCAAGUCGUGCGCGGGCUCCGGCCCCGUUGCCGCCGGCGGCUCCAAGUACGGCGGCUCAGAGUCAGUGUACUGCGGAAAUGUGAAGUGCAGUGGUUCCGAGAAGUGUGGAUACGACAAAAGUUCCAAACGAGAGAAGUGUGUUCCUAAGUGAUGAGCUGAAGAUCCUGAUUUGAAAGUCUACAUUCAUAAUGCCUGCUGCAAAUGAAUACUUUUAAUUAAUUAAUUAAUUUAUUCAAUCAGUUAUACACACAAUGAUUUCCACUUCACUGAAUUUGUUGCAUUAAAUUUGGACUUUGUA